UCCACUCACUUCCGGUCCGCUGAGGGCACUGGCGAACCUGGCGCUGGUGCCCGGCGGUGGGUGAGCUGGAGCCGGGCCGGGCCGGGCCCUCGGCGGGCUGCGGGCGGCGGGCGAGGCCGUGGACGGACAGCGGGGCCGAGCUCCGGCGCGGAGGCCCCGCGAGUCGGGAUCCGCACGUCCGCGCCGCGGUCGACUCAGGGUAAUUUAUGCUAUCAUUCUCAGUCUCCUGAGAGGAAGUGUGAAGAUGCUUAAAGAGCGUUCAGGGAUGGCGGAAGAUCCUCAGCAGCAAAUGGGAGUUCCUGUGGUGAAACUGGAGAAAGAGUUGCCAUGGGGCAGGGCAAGGGAAGACUCUAGUCCUGAGACUUUUCGUCUGAGGUUUCGGCAGUUCCGCUACCAGGAGGCAGCGGGUCCCCAGGAAGCCCUCAGGGAGCUCCAAGAGCUCUGUCGCGGGUGGCUGAGGCCUGAGCUGCACACCAAGGAGCAGAUCCUGGAGCUGCUGGUGCUGGAGCAGUUCCUGACCAUCCUGCCCCGGGAGUUCUAUGCCUGGAUCCGGGAGCACAGCCUGGAGAGUGGCAAGGCUUUGGUGACCAUGGUGGAGGACCUGAUGGAGAAUGCGCUGGAGGCCAAGGCGGUUCCGUGUCACAUGCAGGGAGAACAGCAAAAGACAGCCCUCGGCAGAGGUGCUUGGGAGCCAGGCGUCCACCUGGAGCCAGUGGAGGUCAAGCCUGAGUGGGGGAUGCCCCAUGGGGAAGGAGUUCAAGUCCUAGACCAAAGAACAGAAGAGCAGCUGAGUCAGGACCCUGGAGAUGGGACGCAGGCCUUCCAAGAGCAGGCUCUCCCUCUUCUUCAGUUGGGUCCAGGCCUCCCUCCAGUGAGCACCAGAGACCAAGAGAUGUCAGCUGGGUUUCUUUCAGCAGGAGCACAGCAGGGGUUGGGGACUUUUAAAGACAUGGCCCUGACUUUCCCUGAGGAGGAGUGGAGGCAUGUGACCCCAGCCCAGAUUGACUGCUUUGGGGAAUACGUGGAACCACAGGACUGCGGGGUCUCUCCAGGCAUUGGGAGCAAGGAAAAGGAGGCAAAACCCCAGCAGGAAGACCUUAAAGGGGUGUUUGCUGGACUGUCGUCUGAGAGGUUUGGGGAAGCUCCUGUCCCUGGACCUGGGCUGGGAGGAGCCUGUGAGCAGGAGCCUGGGGAAUCAGGGAGCACCCUGCCAGGACUUCCUGCCCCACAGCACAGUGUCCCCUUACCCGAGGAUCUCAAAACCCAUGGCUCCUUCUGGAAGCCUUUCCAGUGCCCUGAGUGUGGGAAAGGCUUCAGUCGGAGCUCCAAUCUCGUCAGACACCAGCGAACCCAUGAAGAGGAGAAGUCCUACGGCUGCGUGGAGUGCGGGAAGGGCUUCACCUUGAGGGAGUACCUCAUGAAGCACCAGAGGACCCACCUGGGAAAGAGGCCCUACGUGUGCAGUGAGUGCUGGAAGACCUUCAGCCAGAGACACCACCUGGAGGUCCACCAGCGGAGCCACACAGGGGAGAAGCCUUACAAGUGUGGGGACUGUUGGAAGAGCUUCAGCCGGAGACAGCACCUGCAGGUGCACCGGAGGACACACACUGGCGAGAAGCCCUACACCUGCGAGUGCGGCAAGAGCUUCAGCAGGAAUGCCAACCUGGCCGUGCACCGGCGUGCCCACACUGGGGAGAAGCCCUACGGGUGCCAGGUGUGCGGGAAGCGGUUCAGCAAAGGGGAGCGACUGGUUCGACACCAGAGGAUCCACACGGGAGAGAAGCCCUACCACUGCCCUGCCUGCGGACGGAGCUUCAACCAGAGAUCCAUCCUCAAUCGGCACCAGAAGACCCAGCAUCGCCUGGAGCCCCCCGUGCAGUGAGGCACCACCUGGAGGAAAUCCCUGCAUCUUUCUGAUGGGCUUGAGGGACAGCAGCAAUGGCAUGCAGAAAGGCACUCUGACACAUUUCCUUUCCAUUGAUCUCAAAUCAGGCAGAGGACAAGGCUGGUUUAUUGAGCUCCCAGAGGGCACAGUUGCCUGGACCUCCUACCUAAGUGGUGCCUAUGGUUUUUCUGGUAACCUUUAGGGAGACAGUAUCCUCAACUCUAGUUCAGGCUAAAGUUUUUCUGGUCAGUGGGGUGUUUAGACACCUCCAAGUCCAGUAGUAGGGGCAGAAUUUUGUCAGUGGUUGGCAGCUUGAAACUUAUUUUCCUUAUUUUCCUCUGUCCUGCCUGUGAGAACAUUAGCUCAGACUUGCCCCACACUCUUCCAUUUACAAAUAUUUAUUAAACACUUUCUAUGCUCCCGGCACCGAGAAUACCAUGGUGAAUGAGACGGACACAGAGGAGACCUUGUUGUCACAGAGGAUUCCAAAGUGCGUUUGUGUUGCAAGGGUGUCUGUCAGUCUGCCAGCCUGCUCCCUGCUCGAUCUCAUUUCAGCCUCCACCCAGCUGGAAGCUUCUCUCAGGCAGCCUCCUUUAUUCUGCUUCAUUUUAGCCUCUUUUGUCUCUGACUGUAAUAUUCUACCCUGAUCUGUAAAAUUUCUCUAUUCCAGCAUAUUCCUUGUACUAUAACAACAGCUAUUAGGGAAAUUAUUAUUUUGCUAUUGAUCAUGAAUAAACAUGAACAUGUUUUUAAAAAAUACUGCAUUCUGUAAAAAGACCUGAUUGAAUGAGUCUGAAAGAUGAACUAGUAUUAACGCUCUAUAUCAAUGGCACUUUAUAUGACACAUAUAAAAUGCUUUUCUGUAUGUUCUUAUCUGAUUCAUUUCAUAAGUAAUUGGGCCCUGCAGUGUGCCUGGACCUCUUCUGGUACUUGAGAUACAUCAGUGAAUAUGAUAGGGGAGAAUCCCUGACCGUGCAGAUCUCACGUCUUAGUAAUGCCCUUGAUCUUCAGAAUCUGUGGAUAUUCCCAUAAGCCCUCUGGGCCUCGCAGGUUUUCUUGGUCCUGUUGGCUUAUUGCCCUGGUUUGCACUCACCACCUACCUCUUACUGAAUAGUCUCUGUCCUUCUCAUCUGGACCUUUGUCGCCCAAGAUAUUUGGGGUCCUGAACACCAACUGGCGAUGAAGAGGUGGUAGUGACCUAUUUUGCAUGAGUGCCAAUUCAGGAAAACAAAGAUGUUUGUAGGCAUUUAAAACAUUAAGAAUAAGAAGCUGCAGUAUUUGCAUCUGUGUUUGAACUUUCUUAUUAUUUUGCCAUUACAGAGGGUUUUCUUCCUGUUUAAGAUCCUGCAUAAUGAGCAUGGGUUGCACUGCAGCGACACUGACGCUGUGCCUUGAACACUGGCUGCUAAAUUUGUCUUUUGUCAACUGUGUGCCAUUACAAUUGCAAGAUGUCGUAUGUCUGAUAGUGGCUCCUAAUGUCAUUUUCUUAAAAAUAUUUUUUUAAGUUGUUGAUGGACCUUUAUCUUACCCAUUUAUUUAUAUGUGGUGCUGAGAAUCGAACCCAGUGCCUCAUGAAUGCUAGGCAGGUGCUCCACCACUGAGCCCCAACCCCAGCCUCUAAUGUCAUAUUCUUUGAGAGAUUUUUUCCCAUUUUACACUGUAAAUGAGAUAGUGGUAGUGACGAACAGUUGCAUUACACAGUCCACUUUGGAACAUGUGCUUUCAUAACCUAUGUCUUGGCAGACCGCCAUGGUGUUUAGUUUUGACUUAGUAAAUGACCCUCCUGGUCCUCCUGGCCCAUCUGCUGGGCCCACAAGACUGCACUAAACCAGGGUGUAAGUGUUACUGAGACGUCCACAUGGGUCGCUGCUGUUCCUGAGCAAUGCAGAGGUCCACGUGAAAAAUCAGCCUCCCCUAACCCCCCAAUUCUCAGACAAGUUAGGCAAGAUUGCCAGCCCCCCGCCAGCCAAACCCAGUGGGAGGCUUCUGGUCCUCAGGACCCAAGUCCUGAGGCUUGAGUGUGGCCUUCUCAGGAAAUCUGUGUCUCAAAACCAUGCAGGGACCAUGGAGACCACCGCAUCAGUGUCUGUAUUUACUUGGAUUAGGUUGAUUCACUUUGAUCAUGUACUUAGCUGACCAGGCCUCUGGAUUUUCAGCAAGUUGGAAUCUCUGGAGAGAAGCUUCAGAAUGAGCUGAGCCUUGCCGCUGCCCAUUUGGCCUCUUCCAUGUCUGCUCUGAGGCCAAAGCAUGUAGACAAUGUCUCCAAAAAGCCUCCAUUAAAAGGGAGUUUUUUCCAUGGAAUUGUAGAAAUCUCGUUUUUUAUACCCAUUGAAAUGUCAAAUAUUUUGUUGUUUUCUGUACAUUUCUGUUCUUUAAAAACUUUUCUUUUUCAUACCUCUGUUUAUUAUCUAUAAAUUUUUUUGGAAGUCUAGGACGUGUGAAAGAAAACUCAGGAGAAAUCUUCUAUCAGGAAGUUAAUAAUCUUGUAUCUUAGGGCAGAGAUGUGGUUCACCACUAAUACAUAGUGACUUUUCUCCAAAAGUGAUAUCUAAAAUUUUGAGCUAUUUAAAUAAAAAUCUAACAGAAUUGCCAGUCCUCAGAACUUCCUUGAUGCUACCUUCUUUCUUUUCAUAAGGACUGUUUUAUAAUAGGAGAUUUUAAGCAUAUGUAAAUGAAGUCUCAUGUAGUCAUAAUUUGACUUUAUUGUAAACACAUAGCCAAUCUUGUUUUCUGUACCCACUCCUUCCUCUCUAUCUUCUUCCCUCACUGAAGUGUUCUGAAGCACAUUCCAGAUGUUUAUAAAUGUUUCAGUGUGUGCCUUUAAAAAGUAAGAACUGUUAAAAAACCCCCCACAGUACUA